AUGCGCAACAUCCACCAUGGCGUCCAACGAAUUCCUUUACAAACUGGGAGGUUGGAGGCUCCCGGCGUCGGAUGCGAUGUUCCUGCGCACAGCUAUAUCUUUCCAUUCGAGCCUAAUCCAAACUGGUCCAAAUGCGAUGCCGAUGGUGCCGAGAUUGAUAAAUGCAUUGUCGAUACGGUAGACAAGUAUGGAUUGAAAGAACCGAUCGUAUUUGAUACCAAGCUCGUCAAGUCUAUUUGGAAUCAGGAGCGAUGCAAAUGGGCGCUCGAGCUGAAACAGAAUGACAAGAUCAUACACGAUGAAGCAGACUUUCUUACCAAUGGCUCUGGUAUUCUCAAUCAAUGGAAGAUGCCGGGCAUCGCCGGGUUGAACCAAUUUACUGGAAAGCUUGUUCACACAGCUGCUUGGGACAAGGCGUACGACUGGACCAAUGAGAAGAUAGCAGUCCUUGGCAAUGGCUCAUCUGAGCAUAAUAAAUUGCUAUUUGAUGUUGAUGCAAUUUCGGGGCUUAUGCGCCAGCAUCUCAGUGAGAACCCUGACCUUACUGACAAACUUAUCCCGAAGUUUGAAAUUGGAUGUCGCAGACUGAACGCCGGUGGUGGAUAUCUCGAGGCACUACAGCAGCCAAAUGCCGAAUGGUGCUUUGAAGGCAUUGAUAAGAUUACCAAGGCCGACAUUCGCACGGCAGCGGGUGAAGAAGAGUUUGACUGGAUUUGGAAGGAGACACCCGAGGCAUACUUCUCUAUCUGCGCCGGCGGCGGAAUAGCAAACUACUUCAUGUUCAAUGGGCCCAACUGUCCCAUUGGCCAUGGCAGCGUGCCGCAGAUGAUCAGCUGGACUGCCAAUUACAUGCUGAAAUGGACGAAGAAGAUAGCACGGGAGGAUAUCAAGUCCGUAGUAGUAAACGAUUCCGCUGUUCGAAACUACAACCGUCAGGCUAUUGAGAAUAUUCGGGGUGAAGAAUUUGAUAUCCGGUACAACAACAGCUCGGAUCCGGCUUCAUAUCUUGGAAAUGGAGAACUAGCGUGGGAAAGAGGAGAUGGUGCGGACUUGGCAUUCUAUUUGAAAUAG